AUGCUACGAAAAGCUAAAAUAUUCUUGGUUAACUCAAGAAAAUUACAUAUUCCUUGCUUAAAGAUAUCUGAAGAAGUCAAGCAAGCUUUGAGCGAGAAGAGGCCCGUAGUAUCAUUAGAAUCAACCAUUUAUACGCAUGGAUUCCCAUACCCUGAAAAUUAUUCCUUAGCAAAGGAGGUAGAAAAGGUGGUGAAAAAUAGUGGAGCAGUUCCUGCUACUUGUGGUUUUAUUAAAGGCAAGCCUGUGGUAGGCUUGGAUACCCAAGAAUUGGCGUAUUUAACUGAACAGAGGUCAGCAAACAAGGUAUCGAGAAGAGACAUUGGGUAUACCAUUUCUAAGGAAGUCAAUGGUGGAACUACGAUUGCCCUGACAAUGAUUCUAUCAAAUCUUGCUGGUAUUAAUGUCUUUGCCACUGGUGGGUUAGGUGGCGUACAUCGCGACGGUCAGUUCACGAUGGAUAUUUCUGCCGAUCUAACUGAGUUAGGGAGAACACCUGUUGCGGUCGUCUGUUCUGGUCCUAAGUCCAUUUUGGACAUAGAGCGCACAAUGGAAUACUUAGAAACCCAAGGGGUAUUUGUUGGCACGUACAACGAUGAUAAUAGAGCAGAAGUUCAGGUGCCUGGCUUCUAUACACGAGAAUCGGGAGUAUUAUCACCUUAUGCCUUCUCCUCCUUCAGAGAGGCAGCUUCAAUAAUCCUGAAUAGCAAAAGUAUGAUGCUCAAUAGUGGACAUUUGUUUUGCAUUCCUCCUCCCAAAGAUAUUGCUUUAGAAUCAAAUUAUAUAGAUCUGAUAAUUGAAGCUGCAAACAUUUCUGCAAAAGAAAAGGCAAUUACUGGAAAGCGUUUGACUCCUUAUUUAUUGAAACAAAUUGCGGAAGCAACGAAUGGAAGAUCAGUGACUUGUAAUUAUGAUUUUGUUUUGAAUAAUGCAAAAUGUGGGUCCGAGAUUGCAAAGGAACUUUGCAAAUUGGAAAAAGUAAGUAUCGAGUUUUAG